AUGGCAGCAUCAUUGGCAUGCCUUGUUGGGAACAGUUUAUCUACGCAUAGUAAUAAAGUAAAUAUUCACAAGGACAUAAAUGGAAGACAUGUUUUAUUUUCUUGGAGACAUUCAAAAUUGAAAAGAGCAUCGAAAACUAUAUUAGUCAAGGCGUCUUUGGAUCAAAGGGAACAAGAAGGGAGAAGAGGAUUUCUGAAAUUAUUGAACCUGACAGUUGGUUUACCCGCAUUAUUAGGAAGCGCAAAAGCUUAUGCUGAUGAACAAGGGGUUUCGUCCUCCAAAAUGUCUUAUUCUAGGUUUCUUGAGUAUUUGGACAAAGACAGGGUUAAAAAAGUUGAUCUGUAUGAGAAUGGAACUAUAGCUAUUGUAGAGGCUGUUUCUCCCGAGUUAGGUAAUCGGGUGCAGCGAGUGCGAAUUCAACUUCCUGGACUUAGCCAAGAACUCCUUCAGAAAUUCAGGCAAAAGAACAUCGACUUUGCAGCUCAUAAUGCCCAAGAAGAGUCAGAUUCUUUAUUUUCAAACCUGAUUGGAAAUUUGGCUGUCCCUAUAAUUGUGAUUGGAGGACUGUUCCUUCUCUCACGACGUUCAUCUGGGAUGGGUGGUCCUGGUGGGUCUGGCUUUCCUUUUGCUUUUGGUAAAUCCAAAGCCAAAUUUCAAAUGGAACCAAAUACCGGAGUGACAUUUGAUGAUGUUGCUGGGGUUGAUGAAGCGAAGCAGGAUUUUGUGGAGGUAGUGGAGUUUCUACAAAAGCCUGAGAGGUUCACUGCUAUUGGAGCUCGCAUUCCAAAAGGAGUUCUUCUUGUUGGUCCCCCGGGGACUGGGAAGACUCUAUUAGCCAAGGCUAUUGCUGGUGAAGCAGGUGUCCCGUUUUUCUCAAUCUCUGGUUCUGAGUUUGUUGAGAUGUUUGUUGGUAUUGGUGCUUCUCGAGUUCGUGAUUUAUUCAAGAAGGCCAAAGAGAAUGCUCCUUGUAUUGUUUUUGUUGACGAAAUUGAUGCUGUGGGGAGGCAACGAGGCGCUGGAAUUGGUGGAGGGAAUGAUGAAAGGGAACAAACCCUCAACCAGCUUUUGACAGAAAUGGAUGGAUUUGAGGGCAAUACCGGAAUCAUUGUCAUUGCAGCAACCAACAGGGCUGACAUUCUUGAUUCUGCUUUAUUGAGACCGGGGCGGUUUGAUAGACAGGUAUCAGUUGAUGUUCCAGACAUUCGGGGAAGGACUGAAAUACUAAAGGUUCAUGGUAGUAAUAAAAAGUUUGAUGCAGAUGUUUCUCUCGAGGUAGUUGCAAUGAGAACACCUGGCUUUAGUGGAGCUGAUCUUGCAAACCUCUUGAAUGAAGCUGCUAUAUUAACUGGUCGGCGUGGAAAGACAGAAAUUUCAUCCAAAGAGAUUGACGAUUCUAUUGAUAGGAUUGUGGCUGGAAUGGAAGGAACAGUGAUGAUAGACGGGAAGAGCAAGAAUUUAGUGGCAUAUCAUGAAGUUGGGCAUGCCAUUUGUGGAACUUUGACUCCUGGUCAUGAUCCUGUACAAAAGGUAACCCUUGUUCCCCGUGGGCAAGCUCGGGGUCUCACUUGGUUCAUUCCUUCUGAUGAUCCAACACUAAUCUCCAAACAACAACUCUUUGCAAGAAUUGUUGGUGGACUUGGCGGAAGAGCAGCAGAGGAAAUUAUUUUUGGUGAGCCCGAGGUUACAACUGGAGCAGCUGGUGAUUUGCAGCAAAUAACCAGUUUGGCUAAACAGAUGGUAAUCACAUUUGGAAUGUCCGAUAUUGGUCCUUGGUCGCUUAUGGACGGCUCAGGUCAAAAUGCAGAUGUCAUCAUGAGAAUGAUGGCUAGAAACUCAAUGUCAGAAAAGCUUGCUGAAGACAUUGAUUUUGCUAUCAAGAGGCUCUCAGAUGAAGCAUAUGAAAUUGCAUUGAAGCAUAUAAGGAACAACCGUGAGGCCAUCGAUAAAAUUGUGGAAGUCCUACUUGAAAAAGAGACAAUUACCGGAGACGAAUUCAGAACUCUCCUUUCUGAGUUCGUUGAAAUUCCACCCGAAAAUGUGAUCUCUUCUUCAACUCCCUCACCAGUUUCUGUUUGA